AUGGGAAUUAGAGGUCUAAAUGCAUUGGUAUCGGAAAAUGCUCCGAAAGCAAUUCGAUCUAGUGAACUGAAGUCACUUUUCGGUCGUAAAGUCGCUAUUGAUGCAUCGAUGUGUCUUUACCAGUUUCUUAUAGCUGUGAGACAACAGGACGGAAGUGUCCUUACCAACGAAUCGGGUCGUACCACGUCACAUUUGAUGGGAUUUUUUUAUAGAACCAUUCGAAUGGCUGGCCACGGAAUAAAGCCAUGCUAUGUGUUUGAUGGUAAACCUCCAGUUAUGAAGGGAGGUGAAUUGGAGAAGCGAUUGAAGAGAAGAGAAGAUGCUGAGAAGAAAGCCACCGAGGCUAAAGAGGCUGGUCAGGCUGCAGAGUUGAUGAAGUACCAAAGAAGAACCGUUCGGGUAACCAGAGAGCAAAACGAGGACGCGAAAAAGUUACUUAAACUAAUGGGAAUUCCAUUUGUGGAGGCUCCUUGUGAGGCCGAGUCUCAGUGUGCCGAAUUGGCCAAAGCUGGUAAAGUUUAUGGAGCAGCUUCCGAAGAUAUGGAUACAUUGUGCUAUCAACCUCCCUUUUUGUUGAGAAAUUUGACUGCUGCAGAAGCUAGGAAGCUCAAGAUAGACGAAUAUAAUAUAAAAGAGGUUCUCAAGGGAUUCGAUAUGCCUAUUGAACAGUUCAUUGACAUGUGCAUUCUACUUGGAUGCGAUUACUGCGAGACUAUUCGGGGCGUGGGACCGGUGACAGCGAUGAAAAUGAUUCGAAAAUACGGAUCUUUAGAGAAAAUUGUUGAAACCAUCGAAAACGAUCCGAAGUCCAAGUAUAAGGUUCCCGAAAAUUGGCCUUAUAAGGAAGCUCGUCAGUUAUUCUUACAUCCAGAGGUGACGCCAGGGUCGGAGGUCGAUCUUAAGUGGACAGAACCAGAUAUUGAUGCAUUGAUUAAUUUCAUGGUAAAGGAAAAUGGAUUUAAUGAACAGAGAAUUAGAGAUGGUGCUGCAAAGUUGAGCAAGGCACUGAAAUCUGGUACUCAAGAAAGAUUGGAUUCCUUCUUCAGAGUUUCGGGUACUAAAAGUUCUAAUAAGAAAAGAACGACGAAGGAGGAAGCCAAAAAUGGUAAUAAGAAGAAAACCAGGAGACGACGUUAA